CUUGUAAUUAACUCAACUUCACACUUUCCCCCAAAUUCUUUCUCCAAUCCAAUCAAAACCACACGGAUUUUUGAUCUUCAUACCGCAUGCAUAAGAUUCCGAACUAAUUUCGUACACCGAUUUCAUGAAUUUGUGUUUUACGAUCUACGCUAGGGUGUUUUGCUCAGAGGUCGGUGAUCAAAUGUUAUUGAAUUUAUCUGGGUUUCUGUUUUAAGUGUGUGUGUGAGAGAGAGAGAUGGAGGUGGAGGAACUAAAUCAAGCAAUGACAUUUGAUGAGGCGUCAAUGGAGCAAAGCAUGAGAUUUGUUAAUGCAUUACAGGAACUCAAGAACUUAAGGCCUCAGCUUUAUUCAGCAGCAGAAUAUUGUGAAAAAUCUUAUCUACACAGUGAACAAAAACAGAUGGUCCUUGAUAACCUGAAAGAUUAUGCCAUUCGAGCCCUUGUAAAUGCUGUUGACCAUCUUGGCACUGUUGCUUACAAACUGACUGACCUUCUAGACCAGCAGGCUUUAGAAAUUUCAUCAACAGAGUUACAUGUUACAUGUUUACAUCAGCAACUUCUUACAUGCCAAACAUAUACGGAUAGAGAGGCUAUCAGGCAGCAGCAAUUAUUAGCAGUUUUACCAAGGCAUCACAAGCAUUACAUUUUACCUAAUUCUGUCAGCAAAAAGGUCCAUUUUAGCCCACAGAUCCAAACUGAUGUUAGACAAAGUCAUCUUCAACCAAGACCUCGUCAAUUUACUUCAGGUACCCCAGCUGCAAAUACUCUUUCUUGGCAUUUAGCGACUGAAACCAAGUCUACUUUGAAAGGGAGUUCACGCCCGUUGAUGAGCAUUGAAGAUUCCAAAACGUCUCGGCGUACUCCUACAUCUUUUCACACAUCCAAUGCCGAAGACGGUACGCGGAAAAAACCCUCGGCGGAUCAUCUUCAGUUGCCGAAUGUAGGGCCAGCUUCAAGUACAGCUAUGCAGACACUUGGCAUCACACGACGGGAUCCGAGUGAGGUUCCGAAGCCAAUGACACCAUUCCGAUCAUUUGAUAACCCGAGACGUGAUAGUGUGCGUGGACCUGCUCGCAGCAAGAGUCUCUUAUCGGCUUUCUUUGUCAAACAAAAGACAGCCAAACAAGCCAUUUCAUGAAAGGGAGGAUGAGAUCAACGGUUACAGGUUGUUGUAGGAAUAACGUUGGAAAAGAAGGCGGUCGGAAUGUUUUUCGUUAAACUAGUGUUGAGUAUGUAGUUGUAAAUGUUGUAAGAAAUGGAUAACAUUUGUGUAAUAAACAGGACUUAGAUGAUUUUAAUCCAUGCUCAUGGGACCCAUAAAUUCCUCUUC